AUGGACUCAGGGUACAACCCCCGGACGGUGGAGGAGGUGUUCCGGGACUUCAAGGGCCGCCGCGCCGGGAUAAUCCGCGCGCUCACCACUGAUGCGGAGGAUUUCUUCAAGCAAUGCGACCCGGAAAAAGAAAAUUUGUGCCUGUAUGGGUUUCCUAAUGAGAGCUGGGAGGUAAAUUUGCCUGCUGAAGAGGUGCCACCUGAGCUCCCAGAACCAGCAUUAGGCAUAAACUUUGCAAGAGAUGGAAUGCAGGAAAAAGAGUGGUUGUCCAUGGUUGCUGCACACAGCGAUGCAUGGUUACUUUCUGUUGCAUUUUACUUUGGUGCUCGAUUUGGUUUCAAUAAAAAUGACAGGAAGCGCCUCUAUAGUUUGAUUGAUGAUCUUCCCAUGGCUUUUGAAAUUGUCAGUGGGAAGAGUGAAACCAAGGCACCAGCACCAGCACCCCAAGCAGUAGUAACCAUAGCAAUAUCAAAUCGAAGUCUAACAACAAAAAGCAUUACUUCCACCCAAUCUGUGUACUGUCUGUCGAAAGCUUAUGACCUUGUAAGGUCUUCACAUCGCUCAAAACUACCAGCAUUUAUACACCAAGGGGGCAUUCAGAACACCAUCCAUUCCUGCAUAAAUAAACCAUCGGAGCCUAAGGUGAAGCAGACAAAACCGCGUGCCCCUGCAGAGGAAGGCCCGGGCGGUGAGGAGGAAGAUGGCAGUGCAAGCGAGGGCGAGCACGGGGAGACGCUGUGCGGCGCGUGCAAGGAAAGCUACGGCCCCGAUGAGUUUUGGAUCUGCUGCGACCUCUGCGAGAAGUGGUUCCACGGCAAGUGCGUCAAGAUCACGGCGGCCAAGGCCGAGCACAUCAAGCAGUACAAGUGCCCGUCCUGCACCGGCAGCGGCGGUGCCGGCAACAGCGGCACCAAGCGAGCCCGCCCAUCUUAG